GAAACAGAUGGGGAUGCUCCGUGUCAGGCAGGCAGUAGUGGUAUCAACAAGAUCUGCUAAUUAUGGGCCAGCCACAGGCAGGAGUACAAGUCAGUCUGCCCUAUGUUACUGUGAACACCAGAUGGUUUGCAGGCUGUGGCUUCGGAUCUUCUGUCACAGUGAGCCUCGUCUUGCUGCUGCUGUUGUAUGUAUUUGACGAACCAGUCCACAGAGGCUUCUUCUGUGACGAUGAGUCUAUCCGCUACCCGGUGCCCAAGUACCAGACUGUCAGUGACGUCACCGUUGGUGUGGUGGCAGUGGGUGUGCCCAUAAUUGUGGUUGUGAUAAUGGAGAUAGUGCAGUCAGGCUUCGUCCAUCCAACCUCGUUGGUGCUGUUUGGCUGGACACCUCACCUCUGGAUGGUGCAGUGCUAUGCCCACAUAGGGGUAUUCCUGUUUGGUGGGGGCAUGCAGCUUUUAACUGUCGAGGCAGCCAAACGUCUGGUGGGCAGACUGCGCCCCCACUUCCUGGCUGCUUGCCUGCCUGUGGCACUGGACUGCACUGCUGCAGGUCACAAGUACAUCACAAGCUACACCUGCUCAGGCAACCCUGACCUCAUCAAGGAUGCCAGGUUAUCAUUUCCGUCAGGUCACUCAUCACUGUCUUUCUAUGCAGCCACAUUCAUAAUAAUGUACCUGCAGAUCCGCAUGACAUGGGAAGGCUCCAAGCUGCUGAAACACCUCCUGCAGUUUCUGGCUGUGAUGGCUGCGUGGGCCACGGCUCUCAGCAGAGUGUCAGACUACAUGCAUCACUGGAGUGAUGUUUUGUCUGGCAUCGUCAUUGGAACCCUCUUUGGGAUCCUCACAGACAAAGAUGAACAGACACAACUGGAGAUGAAACACCGGAAGGAAGAGGACGACCUGUACCGGAAGUUCGCGCGGCAGAGAGAGGAAGAGGACAAGCGGAUGCGAGAGGAAUUCCGGGAUGAGUGGGAGAAGGAACUGGAGCGCCUCACGUCUCGCUUUGAACGCGAAUUGCAGACCAAGAAGAAGCGUCCAGAUGAGCAAAAGGUGCUUACUUUGCGACACCAGCAAGAGCGGGAGGACCUGGAGAAGAACAUGACGCUCCGGCGAGACAAGAAAAAAGAGUCCCUCACCCGCAAGCUGCUCGAGCACGAAAGGGCAGCCACGGCAGCGCUGGUGGAGAAACAGAGUCGCGAGAUGCUGGACCUGAUCAAUGAGAAGCGUAGCGAGUACAUGAUGGCUGAGUCCCUCUACUUGGAUGAUGGUGAUGGCUACACAGAGGAUGUCUUGCUGCCCUACCCUAGCCAGGCGCCUAUCCCAGCACCUCCAGCCCUCUCCAAGUUCGAGGUGUACAAUGAUCCUGUUGAGUUUGCAGAUAUAGACCAAAUAGCCAUCUCGGUGGCACAAGAGGAUCAGAAGACAUUCACGGAUUUGGUGCGGCAGCUGGUGGGACGCUGUGGUUCAGACAUUGAGAAGGCCAGGACCAUUUUUCGAUGGAUCACUGUCAAAAACCUCAACACAAUGCAGUUUGAUGAGAAUUUGCGUGGUGAUACACCAAUGGGACUCCUACGGGGCAUCAAGCAUGGAACUGAGAGCUACCAUGUGCUCUUUAAGCGGCUCUGCAGUUAUGCAGGCCUGCACUGUGUGGUAAUCAAGGGCUACUCCAAAUCUGCGGGCUACCAACCUGGAGUGCGUUUUGAGGAUAACCGUUUCCGCAAUUCCUGGAAUGCUGUAUACGUGGCUGGUGCCUGGCGCUUUGUGCAGUGCAACUGGGGAGCAAGGCACCUUGUGAAUGCUAAGGAGGUCCCCAAGGCAGGCAGCAAGGGAAAGUCAGACAGUCUCAGAUACGAAUAUGAUGAUCACUACUUUCUGACGGAUCCACGUGAGUUCAUCUACGAGUUUUUCCCCCUGCAGUCAGAGUGGCAGCUUCUCAAGAAUCCCAUCACAUUGCAAGAUUUUGAGGAACUGCCUUUUGUGAGGUCUCUCUUCUUCCGAUAUGGAUUGUAUUUCCCCGACUCCAACACAAAGGCUGUCAUGUUCACCGACUCAACUGGAGCAGCCACAGUGCGGAUAGCCAUGCCAGCCCACAUGCAGUCCAGCCUCAUCUUCCAUUACAACCUCAAGUUCUAUGACAGUGAUGGUGAUGGGUUUGAUGGAGUCAGCCUCAAGCGCUUUGUUAUGCAGUCUGUGGUGGGCAACAUUGUUGCAUUCCGAGUGCAUGCACCAUGCAGUGGGGCUUUUCUACUUGACAUCUUUGCUAAUGCUGUGACCCCAAAGGAAUAUCUCACAGGAGAACCAAUGAAAUUCAAGAGUGUCUGCAAGUUCAAGAUCGCAUGUGAGGACUUGCAGACAGUAAUGGUGCCCCUGCCAGACUGUGCCAGUGGUGAAUGGGGGCCCACAAAGGCAACAAGACUUUUUGGGCUGGUCCCCAUUACACAUCAGGAUGCCCUAGUAUUUGCUGGUCGAGAGCUUGAGCUUCAGUUCCGCAUGUCCCGACCUCUGACAGACUUCAUGGCAACACUGCACAAGAAUGGUGUUGAAGAGAAGAGGCUUUCCAAGUUUGUGUCACAUUCUGUGUCUGAUGAUGAUGUAGUUACUUUUGUCAUCAGUUUUCCUGAGGAAGGACAAUAUGGAUUGGAUAUUUACACACGAGAGUUAGGUGGCAGUCAGAGUGAUGGCAGUAGCGAGAAACACCUUCUCACCCAUUGCUGCAAGUAUCUCAUCAACUCGUCCAAACGGAACUGAUGAUCUUAUGAUCAGAAACAGAAACUCUUCACACAUGGCAAGGUGACCUACACCAGUUACUCCAGUCAUUUUGUACAUUUACAUUCAUGAUGUAUGGUUUUAACCCACUGACAUAUUUUGACAACUGUGAUACAUAUUCCCAUUGUGGUUAGAUUAGUUAUUUUUCUGACUAAGAAAUUUCAAAUUACAGUCAAAGCAAUCUUCUUACUGGACAACAAACAUAUAGAGAACCCAUGCAAAACUUCUAUGAUAAUUUUGGGGCAUUUGUUUUGAAAUAUUUAGACUUUUUUUAUAGGGAUAUUUUGAAUAUCCAGUAGUGCAAACCAUAUGGUAAUGGGUUAAACCUGAUCUGGCAGGAACAUAGAGACAGGGUUACAUGGACACUUGAUAAGGAAACAUGGUAUGAAAUUGGGCUGCAAGAAAUGGCUGAUGGAGAGGAAUAACAAAAGCUGAAUUAUGAUACAUCCCUCAACCUCACAUAGGUAUCACAGUCAUAAAGAAAGCAGAGUGCUUCAUCAGUGACUGGGUCUAAUAUAGGUUUCUUGUUGACAGUGCCAUGACAUGACAUUUAAGAUUAUUCUCUUGCACUCUGUGCAUUUUCUCAGUUUCUGUAUAGAAACCACCAUGUUCUGAAAAUGGAUUUUCUGCUUCAGGUGGUCAGGUUGUGAUGAAUUUCCUGUCCACAUGAAGCUGCAAAUGGGUUCCCAUUUCAGAAACAGUGGUUCUCACAGAGAUGGUUAUGAAGACUUCUGCCUUCUAGGAUAUGAUGCUAUAUAGUCUGUUGAAAGUCAAUUGACUGUAUGACAUUAUAUCCCAGAAGGUAGAACUCUUAUGAGAAUCCAGGAGAGCAGACUUAAACAUUCACCUUCUUUUGUUCAUCAUCAGUUUACCUAAUGAUGUUUCUCUUUGCCGACCAGGCUUAUGAUCAGGGUGGAAAUGAGUUAGAAAUAAGUCGCUUUGAUACUCUCUGUCAGCUGGAAACAUCAGUUUUCCUAUUGUGUCCCAUUCAUACUGUGUUUCAUGAAGAUUAUCAUUUGUGACGGGUUCUUGCAAUGUUUUUUUAAACAAAACAUCCCAUCAGAGGAGUGGCGGUUAGAGAGGAAGCAGUCUAGGUGUCAAGCAUGAACAGACUGGGGAAAUCCACAUAGGAUCUGCUAAAUAUAAAGCCAACAGGUUCUCUUUUCUGUGGAAUAUCUUGCCAUUUUAUUCUGGAUGAACUUUAGACUGUUGCGGUCUUGAAACUCUCUGGUGGCAAUGUGAUUUUCCAGAUCAUUCCACUCCAGGAUAAAUAUAACCAUGACUUAACAGAAAUAAUAAUGUUAAAAUGUAAAUUAAUUAUUCACAGAAAAACCUGGUAGGUUAGAAAUGUAAGUUAAGAUGUAUUGUUUUCCUAACAGAAGCUAACACAGACACUACAUUAUGAAGAGAAAGAGAGAUUCGAAUAGAAACUCAGUCACUUUUAACAGUUUGAUAACAGUGAGUCAGUGUACAAAAACAAUAUAACACUUAAAAAAAUCAUAUUUUUUUAUGUUUAUGAAUAAAAGAAGUCCAUCAUUCAAUGGAAGGGUUGAUUCAGAGCAAAGUUACUUCAUUAUGUAAAUAAAGUGAACUCAGAAUGACCUUAUGUUCGGUACAGAUGUUCCAUUCACUUCUGAACUGUGAACAGGAAGUCCUCAGAUCUAGCACUGUGGACCUGUAUGAUUAAAAGUUUUGCAUAUUUCAUGACAUCAUGGUCAUAGGCAUCUUGUAUGCAUGUAUGUAAAACAAAGAAUGUCAUACGGGGAGACCAUGUUUAUUUGCUCAUUUAUCAUCACAUUUUAUCCCAAAAGUAUAUAAUGGAUUAAAGAUUAUGGUCUUUUUGGAUUUGACACUGUGUAAUACAGGUGGAUAGGUACCAGCAUUUCAGGGGAACAUACUGCCACCUAUUUCCAAGUGACCCAGAACACUUGGACACUGGGUUCCUCUGAAAUGUUGCUAUGUAUCUACCAGACUACAUGGCAUUACAUCCCAGAUCUGAUCUCAAAUUCACUUUAGCAAUAACCUCAGAUGUCAUACAUAGUGGAUUUGGUACUGAAGACCUACACUAGAAGUUGGCAGAAUUCAUGUAGGCUCAUAUUUGUCCAUUGCAAUUCAUACAUUAUGUGAAGAUAUAAAUGAUUGUUUUGAAGUAUUCCACUAAAUAUAUACUAAAAUGUAAAAAUAAUAGAUUUCUAACAAGAUAUAUGUCAUGUACAUAAUGUUUGUAUGAUGAAAUGUUUUCAAAUGUAGAGAAUAUGUUGUAAACAUGCAUCCUUACUCUCAUAUUGCUGCUGCACUGUCACAAGUAUUAAUUUGUCAUAUAAAUAUGACAGUAAUGUUUACAGUGACAGCCUUCCUGCAAAACCAAUGUCACCUCUUUACUAUUUCACAUUUUAUCCGUUCAUAAUGAUUUUUGCAAGUAUCAAGCAUUCUUAAGGCUCCUCUUGCAUAUGUCUGCUGAUGUCAGACAUGGACUGCAACUUCAUGUGCUUUAAGGAUCAGAAUGCUUUUGUUUGCUGGGCAUAUGUUAUCAAUCUCAAAUUGAAGUAUUAUUGUAUUGUAGCCAAGCCAUAGUAUUCUGGAACUUAAAUUUUCGUUUUUUUACCACUGUAGUUCAUCUCAAGGGCUGUAUCAUAAUAAAUCUACCCAUCAUGUUAA